ACCUCUUCGGUCAAUCUUUUCGGCACAGUGACAGCGGUGACAGUCGGAAAGAAGGCGUGCAUCGUGGAUUGUGAAGACAACAAGAUAUAUUGCUCAGCUUCUAUAAUUCGCCUAAAAAAGAAAACAUGGAUGCCUUGCAGUGCAACAAGAAGAUGCGUCUUGAAGAUCAUGCUGUGGAAAGUGACGAGGAACAGAAUGAUGAGAAGAGACUGUCAAUCCUAGAGCUCAAUGACGAUUGUCUCUUGAUAAUCUUCUCUUACCUGAACAUCUGGCAGUUGAUGACAGCGGAGGACGCUUGCGAAAGGUUCAAGUUCGUGGCUGAGAUUGCUUACAGAACUCGACGCAUGCUUCAACUUCGCUGUCACACAUCUUUCCAGCAUCCUCAUGAUCACGAGAAGGUCAUACUAGCGGAUGUGCAAGAUAUUGUGAAGAGAUUGAAUCCGAGAAUGCAUUCCUUAACGGUGUAUGGAUGUAAAUUCGCCAGCCCAAUUGAAACUCUCCUGAGUAUAUUGGGUAAGUGCAGCAAUUUGAGGAAACUGUACCUCGUGAGAUUCUCUCUCAGAAAGGCUGACUGCCUUGACAACUUAUUCCGGGCUUUUGGGAAUGUCAAAGUGGCCGAUUUUAAGGAUUGCGGUCUGACUGAUAAUAUUCUUGAGGUGUGUUUGCGCCAAGCGACGCAAUUAGAAUCACUCAGAGUGUCUCUUAAUGCUAGUAUCCAAGGAUAUUGGCUGACUGAAUUGAAAAACAUUAAGUCGAUUGAUCUGAGUCACUGCAGAAUAAUUACAGAGUGCUUCCUUAUACAAUUUCUCCAAAACAAUGAGGGACUGAAGAGCCUCAGCAUAAAUGGCAGUAAUUUUGCGAGUUCCGCACGAUAUUACCGGUAUCAUCAAGCGAUUUCAAGAUAUAGUACGAGCUUGGAGACGCUCAAGAUCACCAUCUGGGCGAACACUGAAAAGGAUGCUUUCACGUUAAUCGCAAGCUUGCCUCGUUUGAAGCAUCUGAUGAUAGAUAUCCGGGCUGACUUCGAUGUUGAUUUAUUGAUGGAGAAACUGGGAAAACGGAAUGUGCUUGAGUCGCUCCAUAUACACUGUUUCAGAGAUAUCGGACCAGUUCCGGAUGUUCAGAAUCUCCUUUCCUUCAGCAAGUUGAAGUCGUUGCAAUUCCGAUGCUUCAGCUAUCCUCGAUAUUGUGAUCUGGUUCAGUUGGGAGCCAUAAAAACCCUCGAAGAGUUGAGCCUUGAGUAUUGCAUAGCCGUUACGAAUGAAGGCCUCGUAGAACUCAUCAACAAUUGCCAAACACUGAAGCUUCUCAACAUCAUCGGAUGCUCUAGAAUCACGAAUGAUUUCAUCCCCGGAAUCUUGCCAAGUAUGCACAACAGGACAACAUUUCUACAAAUUGUCGUGGUCAAUAAUCAAUCGAUAUAUAAUUUCAAUAAUCCAAAGUUCCCAAAACUCAAGGUAACUUGCAAAUACAAACGGUAUUGGUGAUAAUGAAGAGUAAAAGAACUUUAAAAAAAAUUGUGUGAGAAAGACUGAAUUGUAGGAAUCUCCAAAAUAAAUGAAAAUAAACGAAAUUUAAUUUUAUACUA